AUGGGAAACAUCUCCACUUUUAAAUUCUUUAUUCUUUCUGGGCUGCAGGACUCAGGAGUUUACAAGCCUCUGUACUUCUUGUUGGUGUUUGUCCUUUACAUCCUCAUUAUUAUACUCAACUUAACUUUGAUCUUUACUGUGACAGUGGAUAAAAGCCUCCAUGAGCCCAUGUACAUUUUCCUCUCUCAUCUGUGUGCAAAUGGACUUUACGGGACUGUUGGUUUUUACCCUAAACUUUUGUUGGACUUGCAGUCUGAUAUUCACAUGAUAAGCUACAGUUGGUGCAUGAUUCAAACAUAUGUGAUUUACAGCUCUGCCAUGUGUGAAUUUACAGUUUUAACAGUGAUGUCUUAUGACCGCUAUGUGGCAAUUUGCAGACCACUGCAAUACCACAACAUUGUGACUCCACGUGCUUUGUUGAAGUUGCUUGUAUUAGCCUGGUCUUAUCCUCUCUUGUCAGCACUAAUACAUAUUCUCCUUACUUCUAGACUACCCAUUUGUGGAUCUCGAAUCCAUAAACUAUUCUGUGACAAUCCUUCAAUAUUUGUCAUGGUCACUUCAUUGUUUGAUGUAUUAUACAGCUGGGAUGGUUCAGUACAUCUUCCAGUUAGUGUUCGCAAUGCAUUGGCUAUACAAUUUCUUAUUUUUCCUCCUCUACUGAACCCAUUAAUUUAUGGCCUAACCCAAAUUGAAAAGCUUACAGUCAAAGUUGUAAACACAAAAUGA